AUGAUGAAGAUCACGCAACGCUGCCCCUUCCAACUCUUUGGCUACCUGUGCCAACGUAAUUGCAAGGAUAAGGAGCCGGAGGUCGUGAAGAAGGACAAGGAUGAUUCAACUCCCAUCUGGAUGAUCGCUCUCUUCGUCGGCAUUCCAGUUGUGGGGUGUUGUUGCCUCACGUUUUGCUGUAUGGUACUGUGGGAAGCGAUUAAAAAGAAGAGGUCCUGCGGAAGGCAUCACAGUCAGACGUCGACGGUCGACGAUGAAAGCCGAGAGCAUCGCUCGAAGAACCACAAGAAGCACAAGAACCAUGCGCACGACACGACGACGGACAGUGCGGAGUCGCGCGAAUCGCAGAAGCGCAAGAAGAAGCACAAGGGCAAGCAC